GCAAUUACGCAACGCGCUUUUCCUUGUUUUUACUUAUUCCUUUAAUAGAUCAUAUAAAAACAACUCAACCUCAACAUUCUAUCAUCUCAGAAACAUACAUAAAUUCUAUAUUUACUAUACAAUUCUUGAAUUUGUUGCCUUGCAAUUGAAAGAAAUGUGUCCACUUAGGUUUAUAUUGAUCUUCUUCUCUGCCGUACUGGCCGCUUAUUUGGCAUGGACCACCAUGAGCUCCACCACUACGGAGAUCGAUUUCACUUCUGGUGACCAUAAAGAUAAAUCCUCCUCAGAUAAAGAUAACUUCAGUACCAUAAAGAAUGGAUUAUGGGUACUCGUUGACAUGGCCAGUGGAAGGUAUCUCUGGAAAAAUUUGAGGUCCACAAAUGAUCAUGUCCAACUACAGAGCUCUUAA